AUGUGUGAGCUUUGUGGUGGUGCACAUUUCAACUACCAGUGUGCCACGUUGAAGAACUUGAAUGCAUCCCAGAAGAGUGAGAAGAUUCGAGCAGCGGGUGCAUGUUUCAACUGCCUGCGCAAAGGCCAUCGAUCGAACAGAUGUCCAUCCAACAACAGCUGCAGAAAGUGUCAGAAGCUUCAUCACACUAUACUCCACGAUGAUAGUGCCAAAGGGUGCAGCCAGGAUGGACGUACGAAGGUACCCACUCAGCAGGUACCAGAAUCGGCUAACGUUGCGACUCCAGUUCCUGUUUUGAAUUCGAGCACUGCUCCUAAAGAAGAUCCACCAGUUUCGACAGCCUGUUCAUGCAACUAUGGGCAGUCAUCAAAGAAAGUGCUGUUACUAACUGCAAUAGUACACGCCAUUGAUCGACAUAAUCAGCCACAUGAGUGCCGUGUGUUGCUCGACAGCGGUUCUCAAGUAAAUUUCGUGUCCGAGAAAAUGGCAGACAUCCUUGGGUUCCCGAAGAAACGAGCCAAUGUUGCAAUUACCGGCAUAAACACCUUGAAAACGCUUGCUCGAGACAAGGUUUUCGUAAAAUUCUGUUCCCGUUAUGAAGAUUUGCAUGCCAACAUCGAAUGUUUGGUUACACCAAAGGUGACGGGCACAAUUCCAUCUGUCAAGAUUGACGUCACCGAAUGGAACAUCCCCCAAGGGAUUCAUUUGGCCGAUCCUGAGUUCCAUAAGCCUGAGAAGAUCGACAUGCUAGUCGGAGCUGAGCUGUUCUUCGACUUGCUGAAGCCAGCCAUUCAACAAUCGAAUGUCGCAUCCAUCGCCCGUGUGGAAAAGUUGAUGCACCAGUUCUGGAGCGUUGAAGAAGUUCCCGAUGUUACGUCGCUGUCUGUAGAAGAGCAGUCAUGUGAAACACAUUUCCUUUCCACUCACAAUCGCAAUCCAAAUGGACGAUUUGUCGUUAGCCUACCUCUGAAGGAAAAUGUUAACCAGAUUGAUGAUUGUCGUGCCUUAGCUUUGAAACGAUUCCUGAUGCUUGAAAAACGGCUGCAGCGUGACGCCGAGCUUCGAUCCCAGUAUGUUGAUUUCAUUCGCGAGUACGAGGCUCUUGGACAUUGUCACGAAGUGAAGGAGUCCAAUGAUCAAUCCAAUCGGGCAAUGUACUGUAUGCCACACCACGCCGUUCUUCGACCACAUAGCUCCAGCACCAAGUGUCGUGUGGUGUUCGACGCAAGCGUCAAGUCAUCGUCACCAAAGCUAUCGCUCAACGAAGUACUCAAGGUUGGUCCCAUUGUUCAGAGGGAUCUGUUUUCCAUCAUGCUGAGUUUCCGGAAGCAUGCUGUUGUCUUUUCGGCGGACAUAACAAAAAUGUAUCGGCAAAUACUUGUGGCCCCGGAAGACACGUGCUACCAGAGAAUAUUUUGGAGAGAGCAGCCAACUCAACCGCUACGUGUUUUAGAAUUGGAUACUGUUACGUACGGUACAGCAUCCGCUCCAUAUCAAGCCACCCGAUGUUUGCUCCAGCUCGCCGAAGAUGAGUCAGCAGACUUUCCCAUUGGUGCUCGUAUCGUAAAGGAGGAUUGUUACAUCGACGACGUGUUAUCUGGUGCGGAUACCAUCGAGGAAGCCAUUGAAUGCCAUCGCCAAUUAAAGCAGAUGCACGCCCGAGGUUGUUUUCCCGUACACAAAUGGUGCUCCAACUCGGAUGAGUUUAUGCAGUGUAUUCCAGUCGAAGAACGUGAAAAGCAGUUCACCUUGCAGGAAUAUGGUGCCAACGAAGCAAUAAGGGUUCUUGGCUUACUGUGGGAUCCGAAUAACGAUCAGCUUCUCAUCGCUCAUCAAAAUCAACAAUUGUCAACGUCGGCUCAACUAGCGACCAAACGGAUCAUCUACUCCGAGAUUGCAAGGUUUUUUGAUCCAUUGGGAUUGUUCUCACCGGUGAUCGUGGUCGCCAAGAUUCUGAUGCAGCAGCUAUGGAAGACCAACGCAGGAUGGGAUGACAUCCUGGAUGAACAAUUCCAACAACAAUGGCGACUGUUGCAAGAAUCUCUGCCUCAUCUAAAUUUUAUUCAGGUGCCACGAUGUGUGACUUUUCCGAAUGCCGUGGCCUACGAACUUCAUGGGUUUGCUGAUGCUUCUACCGUUGCGUAUGGUGCCUGCAUUUACGUGUGCAGUAUUUCCGCCGAUGGUUCGGCACAAUUGAAACUACUCAGCAGCAAAUCAAAGGUUGCACCACUGCAUGAAGUAACCAUCCCGAAGAAGGAAUUGUGUGCUGCUCUACUGCUAACUCGCCUGCUGGAAAAGGUACUACAAGCCAUACAGAUGACGUUCCGAGAAAUUGUUCUCUGGUCCGAUAGCACAAUCGUCCUGGCCUGGCUGAAGAAGCCUUCCGAUCGUCUGCAAGUUUUUGUGCGAAAUCGCGUGGCAGAGAUCCAGAGAACCACCGGAAACUUCAAGUGGUGUUACGUUCGUUCGGGAAGCAAUCCAGCUGACGUGGUAUCGCGAGGUCAGCUACCGGAACAAUUACUCAACAACGAACUAUGGUGGAACGGCCCCGUGUUACUUAGAUCAACCUACUACGAAUUAGAAGAUCCAGAAGAAGUUCCUGAUCAGCUGCUUCCAGAGAUGAAAUUGGUCAUCGCUACGCCAUCUGUGCAGGGCUUGGAUUGUGAAGCUUCGAAUGAACGAAUAUAG